GUUUAGCCAACACUGGGUGCAGUGAAGUCCAGAUACAUUUUCUCACUUUGUGUAAAUAACCUAUUUUAUCAUCAACGGUUGUUUUGGGUAAAGAAACAAAAUUGAAAAGUUUAAAUAAAAACGAGAAAGCUUCGUAGAUCGCCGUGAACCAUCUGGAGAGUGACAGAGAUUUUUCUCCAGGAUGUCACUGCCUAAACGUGAGGUUGAUGAACUGAGGCCAUGGGUGGAACGCACAGUAAAGAAGGUCCUUGGCUUCUCUGAACCCACUGUGGUCACAGCAGCAUUGCAUUGUGUGGGAAAAGGCUUAGACAAAAGAAAAACCAUAGAUCAGCUAAGACCAUUUCUUGAUGAUUCGGCAAGCAGUUUCGUUGAGCGUCUGUUUGAAGCUCUCGAGGAAAGCAGAAACUCUCGUGGAAGUAAAGGAAGUGGAGAGAAAAACCGCAAAAGAGAACUAAAAGAAGUGUUUGGAGAUGAGAUGGAAGGGGUGAAGGAUGUAGUCAGUGUGGAAUCAGCAGUAAAAAAGAAAAGGGUGCCCCGCUUUGAGGAGGUGGAAGAACCAGUUGUUUUACCUGGUCCCCCGACUGAGAGUCCUGGCAUGCUCACUAAGAUUCAGAUAAAGCAAAUGAUGGAAGCAGCCACACGACAGAUUGAGGAGAGAAAGAAACAGCUAAGUUUUGCGGCUCCUACCCCCUCUUCGCAGUCAAGAUUAAGUGCUUCUCAGACAGACUCUAGUACUCCACGAUCUAUGAACCAAGCAGGGGGUGCAACCCAGUCCAUCGCUCCUUCUCAGGCUGCUAAUUUCAUGAAUGAUGCUAUAGAAAAAGCACGCAAGGCAGCAGAGCUGCAGGCCAAGAUCCAAUCUACACUGUCCAUGAAACCAGGAAUUCUGGCUACUGUGGGAAACCCUGGACCACAUAAUAUGGUAGCACUGGCCAACCUACACGCCAUGGGCAUUGCACCACCUAAAGUCGAACCUCGCGAGAUCACAAAGCCAACACCUCUCAUUUUGGAUGAGCUCGGACGAACUGUUGAUGCCAGUGGGAAAGAAAUUGAGCUCACACAUCGUAUGCCCACUCUCAAAGCAAACAUCAGAGCUGUGAAGAGGGAACAGUUUCGACAACAGUUAAAAGAAAAGCCUAGCGAUGACCUAGAAUCCACAUCCUACUUUGACCCACGUGUGGCCCUUGCCCCUGCACUAAAACCCAAAAAAGGCUUUAGGUUCCAUGAACAGGGGCGCUUUGAGAAGAUAGCCCAGCGCAUACGCACCAAAGCUCAGCUGGAAAAAUUACAAAUGGAGAUUGCUCAGGCUGCCAAAAAGACUGGAAUACAGGCCUCCACUAAACUGGCUCUUAUUGCCCCAAAGAAGGAGCUGGGAGAGGGGGAGAUUCCUAAUAUAGAGUGGUGGGACUCCUACAUACUGCCCUUCCAUAUAAACCUAUCUGCACAUACAAAUUUAGAUGAGGUGGAAAUGCAUGGAGUCACCAACCUAGUUGAACAUCCAACUCAGAUGGCUCCACCAGUGGAUACCGACAAGCCAGUUACUCUUGGUGUGUAUUUAACUAAGAAAGAACAGAAGAAGUUGAGGAGACAAACUCGCAGAGAAGGCCAGAAAGAGGUGCAGGAAAAAGUCAGAUUAGGCCUUAUGCCUCCACCUGAACCCAAAGUGCGGAUCUCCAAUCUGAUGAGGGUUUUGGGCACAGAAGCUGUGCAGGACCCCACUAAAGUGGAGGCCCAUGUUAGAGCACAAAUGGCAAAGAGGCAGAAGGCACAUGAGGAGGCAAAUGCAGCACGCAAACUCACAGCAGAACAAAGGAAAGAGAAGAAGGUGAAAAAACUGAAGGAGGAUUUGAGUCAUGGAGUUCAUAUUGCUGUUUACAGAAUCCGAAAUCUGCAUAACCCAGCCAAGAAGUUUAAAGUGGAGGCCAAUGCAAACCAGCUGUACCUCACUGGCACUGUGGUACUGCAUAAAGAUGUCAACAUCGUAGUUGUGGAAGGAGGACCCAAAGCACAGAAGAAGUUUAAGCGAUUGAUGCUGACUCGGAUCAAAUGGGAUGAGCCAAAUUCCAAAAGAGAUGAGCAUCACGAUGACGAUGAAUCCAGGAGGAAUAAUAGAUGCUCAUUGGUCUGGGAGGGUACAUCAAAAGAACGUAACUAUGGGGAGGUUAAGUUUAAGCAGUGUCCAACGGAGAACAUGGCUCGGGAACAUUUUAAGAAGCAUGGCACCGAGCACUACUGGGACUUGGCUCUGAGCCAAAGUGUUCUGGAGACAACUGAUGACUGAGAUAUGGACAGAACUCAGAACAACAACUCACAGUGGAGUCCAUGACAAUUUGCAGAGUUUUUUUUUUUUUUUUAAGGGAGAGAGAGAGAGUGAGUGAUGGAUUAGACCGGCAGAGAGAAGCGCAUGUAAAUAUCUAUAGUUUGAGUGAAUAAGAGAAUAAUUGUGCUUUGUGUACAGACAGUACAGGUGUGAAACAAUGCAAGGCUUUGUUACAAGAGCUGGUGUCACGAACAAGGAUGUUAAUCCUAAUUACUAGGGUGGACACUUGUUUUGUUUCUCUUGUAAUCGUUUUAUAGUGUAGGCUGUGCAUUUUUUUGAUUUUCUGUACCUGUGAUACAUCUUGACUGCUCCUUAUGGUACAUUGAUUUGAUCUUUUCAGUUAGUAAAACUCAAUACUGAAACAAAAGAAAUGUCACUGUAGUUUGUUACUGGAUGAUCAAACUUAAUUGGAUACAAGAAUUUUAGAUUAUGUACGGCAGGCAUUGUUGUUAUUGUGUUUUAAUGGAGAACUAUUUUUUUAUUAUUUAGGCUCACCUAUCUUCAUAUUCAUGUCAUCCCUUUUUUUUUCAUCCCCAUUUUUGUCAAGGAAUCAAACACAACAAAUAAAACCUAUUAUAUUCGGGCCUAUAAAAAGUAUUUAAAGGGUUGACUUUCUUUUAAGAUGUAUAACAGAAUUUCUUAAUAAUUUUUCUGGAAUAAUUUGGGGGCAGAUGUGGUGUAGUGGUUCGGGAGUCAAACCUUUAAACCAAAGAUCUUGAGUUUGAUUCCUACUACCCAAAGGAUACCCAACUAAUGUACUCUUGAGGUGCAGUUAGGCACCUAUCCCCGAAUAUCUCCCUGGUUGCCGUAAGCAGUGGCUGCCUACUGUUCACAUGGUGUGUUAGUCUGUGUUCUCUCUUUUCACUCAAAUUGUGUGUUCAUGUGCACUUGAAUGGGUCAAAUACAGAAUAAUAUGUAAGUCUAUUCUUAAUGAUGCUCACUUCACGAUUAAAGAAUACCACAUUGCUUAUUAUAGGGUAAAAAAUUGGUUGUAAGAAAAGACAAAAGGAUAGAGUGUUCCUCCAGUGGCAUGCCAACUUCAACACAGAUUUUGUCUUUCUAAUAAUCAUGCACCCGUUUCAGAUCCUCAAACUCAAAACUGCUCUUCUAGGACACGUUUUAAUCUUUAAUGACAAAACUUUUGCAAUCAGUUGUAUUAUUAUUGUAUUAUCAUAGUUUUUUUUUUAUGGUUUUCAAAACUUUAAAUGGGGCUAUAAGAACCAUGCAUACAAAUUGGUCUGCUGUAUCAUACUGUAAUCUACAAACUAACAAUAUCACACAAGUAGCCAUGGUGAUAUGGUUCUGUAUCAACACUCCUGUUGAGUUUCAUUGUUAAUUAAUAACGUACCACACUGAUAGAUGUGGCUUUACAAUAAGAAAAAUUGUUCGCGACAUUAACAUUAAAAGAUAACAAAUUGUCCCUGUUUGUAAUAAGCCUCAAAUGAUGGUGCGCAAAAUAAAAAAAAGACUAGAACUGUUCAUA